GGUCAUUUCAUCACUAAACUAUCAAUCAGUGUCAGUGUAUUGACAUGUCUAUCUAAUGAGCUAGUUAAUGACAAAAAAGAUAAUGAAAAUAUGGCGAAGAACAAAAUAGAAGAAUAAUCGGGUUUCUUACAACGUUAUUAUAAGUACCUAAUAGAAUUAAAUAUCAAAUACAAUAUUGUUGAAGACUUGAAGUGUAUGGAGAAAUUUCGGUCUCUUCAUAAAUAGGUAAAAGUGAAGCCUUAAAAAGCUUAAAAAAAACCCAUUCCAAAACUUUGAUAUGCCUAAAAAGCGGAGAACAGAUACAAGCGACGCUAGUGACGAAGAGAAGGACUACAGAGACAAGAGGAAAAGAAAUAAUGAGGCUGUCAAGAAGAGUAGAUUCAAAUCAAAACAAAGGACACAAGAGACUUUCACUAGAGUCAGCAAAUUGAAGGAAGACAAUAAGGUUCUUGAAGAAAAAGUAAAAAUGUUGACCCGAGAACUGCAGUGCUUGAAGGAUCUCUUCCUCGCACAUGCAGCCAAUAAAUCUCAGGCCUCAUUGGGGGGGAUGGAUCUGCAAAAACUACUUGAUGAUAUCCCGGAUGAUAAAGAUCAAAGUAACAAAUAAUUUGCUAGCAAAUACACAGUUAUAUGAAAAGCAAUAUAAAGAAAUAUUAAGAAAUCAGACCCUGGGCUCUGACACUUAACAGCUGUGAAACCAAUCAGGAAAACACUUCAAUGAGAUUAUGAUCAACCAACAUUGCUUCUACCCUUAACCGUAGUUUAUGGAUGUUUUAUUUCUAGGAAAUACAAACUCAACCAAGGAACCAAUCUUGUUUGUUAUCUGCUCAAUCUUGGUUGGCCUGAGCAUCACUUACUUUGUUUUAGAUACACAUGUAUUAUUUUAUAUUGACAACUUAGGAUGCCGACAUCCAUGUAAAGUGUAAAUGAAAAAAGCUUUUAAAAGUAAGAAAGCAGACCCUGGGCUCUGACACUCACCAUCUGAGGUAGGAACCGAGAAAAUGCUGGAGUAUUCUUCGAAGUGCACUUGUUUUGAGUGUACUGUCGCAGCAUACCAAAAUUAUUGUUCGAAACGCACCAAAAAAGUGUGCUUCAAGGAAUGCAAUAAAUAUUGAAAUUUCGUUCUUCCAGUGCACCCACGUUUAAAUAUAGGGAGGAGCAUGAAGUUAUAACCAUGGGUGCUCUUCAACAUAUUUUUGUAUUUCUCGAAGUGCACUUUUUUGGUGUGGUUAGAAAAAAUAUUUUGGUGCGCUUCAAUGGGUGCACUCAAAACAAGUGCAUCGAGGAAUACCUCAAAAUGCUCACAUGAGAGAAAGAAAAUAAAUGAGAUUACUGUGCUAGUAUUAAAAUUGUUCAUAUUGCUGAGCCCAUUUUGUUAAGUUGUAUUAAAUAUACUUAUAAUUUUGUAAGUACAAAGUGUGGUAGGUUCCUUUAGAAUACCUAUUUUAAACAAAAAUAUAUAUUUGUUAUAUGUUGCAUUUCUUAAAUAUAUAUAUUGAAGCACAAAGAGCUGUAAUUAGGUUGAAGAUAUAGUAAAACAAUUUUUAAUUUAUACGUAAAUGGCAUAGUUGCAUUUUAUAAGGUCAUCUAAGAAACAUUUUUACAAGUGUCCUGUUUGAAAAUCUAAAUGUUUAUUUUAUUAAAAUUAUGUUACAUGUUUUAAA